AUGGGCCAGAACUCGUCGAAAGUUUGUGCACCGUCCAUUCCGGUUGCUCCGCAGCUGUCGGAGCCGUCCCGUCCCGUAACGCCGAGCUUCGGAAGAGCUCAGACGAUGCUAGACGUCAGCCAGGCACUCGCCGCUUCUGGAGCCAACGUCGACGGAGCAGGACUUCAGAGAUCCUCUUCUGACACCGCUCUCAACACCUCUUUCCAGGGUUCGUUUUGAAAAAAAUCGAAAAAUAUUGUUUAAAGGAAGCAUCCUGGGAAAAAAUUGAAAAAUAAUCUGCCACUAUAGUCUAUACACGGUCAAAAAUUUUUUCUGACCAUUAGGCUGACCUUAGGGAAGGUGUCUUGAGACCUUCUUCAUCCCGUUACUAUUUCAUAAUCUCACAUUGCUAUUUCAUAAUCUCACAUUGUCAAAAUUCAAAAAGUGUAAAGGAACAGGCAUUGUCACCGCAGCCUUAACGGGGAAUCCCCGAAAUGGAACUCCAACAGAAAAUACCGUGGGAGGUCCAUUUCGGAGAGUGCUCUCCGAUACUGUUUGAAAUAAUUAUUAUAGCAUUUAUGUUCGUAAUUCGAUAUUCUCUUCGGGCUGAUACAAAAAAACGCCAAGUUAAAUUUUUGUAGUGUCAGAUUAUUUUUCAACUUCCUCCAGAGAUGUAUCUUAAUGAAGAGCGUUCCUUUGUGCGGUUUUUAGUCAUAUUUUUUUCAGCGUCGGGCCCGAAAGUAUACCAGCAAAAGACAGAGGAUUGGGGACGAAAAGAGCACUUCCUGAAGUUGGCGCACGCAUUCCACACGAACAAUUACUGA